GUCCUACUUAAGCCCCGUAGGUAGAUUGCGGUGCGUCCGGAGGGCCUCGGGGGGCAUGCGCCCCUCUAUCGAUUCAGUUGAGUAGGGUGGUUGAGCUGAGCUGAGCAGCCCCACGCGAGCACAAUCGACUCUUCUUCCUCACAUUACGGCUCAGCUCAGUCGGGUUUCCGAGUUUUUCGCACGUAGGUGAUGAAUGCGCGCCGGUUACGGUUUGUCGUGUUAAAUAACAUCGCGUUAUUGUGUCCCUGAAGACGAAUAAACGAUGGACUUCAGAAACGCCCCGAAGAAGCGUACGACGAACUUCCGGGAGGACGAGACGAAACUGCUGAUCCAGCUGUGGGGCUCCCCGACGGUCCAGAACAAGCUGUACCUCACCCAUCGUAAGGCGCCCGUGAUGCGCCUGAUCGCGUUCAAUAUGGCGAAACACGGGUUCCGUCGCACCCCCGACGAGAUCAAAACCCGCAUCAGGAACCUGAAGUGCCUUUACCAUCGGAUCAAGAAGUCGAUGGCGACCGGUACCGGGUUGGGUACCGUCGACCCCGACUGGCCCCAUUAUAAGGCGAUGGACGACAUCCUGAGUCGCAAGAACGCCCUGAGGCAGAGUCUCGUUUACAACCAGAAUUUACUCAGCGAGGUCUGUCAGACCGACAUCAAGGAGGAGAUUGAGGAUAUCGAGUUGGACGACGCGGAAUCCAAUACAUCUAAUAGUAAUUGUUCUGACGACGAAUUCGAAGAAAACCCGUCGCUCAUGCCCGCCACCAUCACCCCAACAAUCAUAGAAGAACCGGACAAGAUCAUCCUCCCGAUCAAGAUCGCCCCGAAACCGUCUCCGGUGCCGCCCCUCUCCGUCCCCAUGACAACCGUAGCCGCCUCCACUACUACCACCACCAGCACCACCGCCCCCAGCUUCCCGCGCAUCCAAAUAGCGCAGAACCUGUUGACGGCGCCGCCCCACAGAGGCCAAACGCAAAACGGACCUCCCCCGGCCACAAUUAUGACCUCACCGGCGGCAAAAAUGGUGAUGGGUACGGGAAAAGGAAAGGGGAACAUGCCGUUCCCGUUGCUCAUAUUGCAACCCAAUGGGGCGGCGCAGAACGGCAUCCAGAAAACGGGACUGACCGCGACGUCAAACCACGGGACCGGACACGGUGCGGGGGUUUUCAAGGUUACCGGGGGUGUGAAUAAUAAUAAUAAUAAUGAAGUGUCGAGUCUCCUUAAAGAAAUGCUGCUGGUGCAAAAGGAGCACCUGGAAAUCGAACGGGAGAGGUUACAAGUGGAAAGGCAAAAACUGGAAUACGAAAGGGCCGUGGGUUCCCACCUGUUAAACAUGGUGCCGGCCCUAAAUGAUAUGUUCCAAAAAUUUAGUAAAACGUCGGAACCGGAAGACACGAAAUUCUUUCCGGAACACCCCAAAUACGGCACCAAACGGAAACCGGAAGAGGACGACCCACUGAAAGACACCAAAGUAUACAAGCAGACUGUGAUAGAUGGCAUUAUAAAAAAAUACAUGAACGAGGAUACCGGAAAUAAUAACAAUGACAGUGGCAUUUCGACGAGUGACAGCAGUUAAACGUCACUGUGACAAGUGACACUAGUUAAAUGUCACUUUGACAGAAGCAUCUGUGAUUUGACAGUCACGCUUUGUUUAUAAUUUAAAUUUUAGGUAUUUAAAACGGGUUUAAUAAGCAAGUAAGAUGUUAACUUUGCUAAACGAAUACGAGUUUUAUCGGGCGAUAAGCGUUCUAGUAUUUUAUUAGCGUUUAAGGGAAAAUAUUUUCGUUUAUUUUGUGAUAUUUUCGUGUCCAUUCCACUUUCGUUUGUGAUUUACCAGUAUUUUAUUUAUUUGUAAGUUAUUUAUUUAAAUUAUUUUUUUGUACUUAUCACGAGUUUAAUUAAAUAAAGAAUUACUUGUA